CUUUGAGAAGUAUUUCUUACAGGUUAAUAUUAUUACAGCAGCCGGAAAAAUGGCGUCAGGUGGAAGAUUGAAAACAUUCGGUGAUAAACCGAAGUCGUUUUCUUUGGAGGAAAAUGGAGAAGCGUAUUAUAUCGGUUCUGAAGUUGGGAACUAUUUGCGCAUGUUCAGAGGCUCUCUGUAUAAAAGAUUCCCGUCCAUGUGGAGACGGCUCAUUACAGUAGAUGAGAGGAAGAAACUGGCACAGAUUGCGGGAUUUGGUCAGCAGUCAUUAGCAACAAACAUCUCAUUACUUAGAGCCACAGAAGUAGACGAAAUAAUUGAAGGAGGAGGUGACAAAUAUAAGGAAGUGGGUUUUGCAACCGAACCAAUCAUAAAAAGUCCUAGUGUACUGAAGAAAGCAGCGCCUUCUGUUCUGGAAAAGAAAUAUUACUCAGACAGAGGUGAAUCAAAACAGAAGCGUUCCACAUGGGUACCAACAGUUCCAAGUACGUCACAUCAUUUAGACGCAGUACCAUGUUCCACUCCUAUAAAUAGAAACAGACUUGGAAAACCAAAAGUGAGGACUUUCCCACUGUGUUAUGACGACUCUGACCCCUCACAGAAUCACGAGAAUGCCAACCAGCUGGAGAACCUUGUACCAAUCCGACUAGACAUGGAAUACGAGGGACAGAAACUGAGAGACUGUUUUACCUGGAACAAAAAUGAAACCUUGAUAACUCCGGAGAUGUUUGCAGAAAUACUAUGCGAUGACCUUGACCUUAACCCUGUAAAUUUUGUCCCAGCCAUAGCACAGGUCAUUAGGUCACAGCUAGAACAGUACCAGAAUGAGCAGCCAGAACCGGUUGAAGAGACACCAUCGGAUCAAAGAGUAAUUUUAAAGUUAAAUAUCCAUGUUGGCAAUAUAUCAUUGAUGGACCAGUUUGAAUGGGAUAUAUCUGAACCAGAGAACAGUCCUGAAGAAUUUUCUACUAAACUGUGUGCAGAAUUGGGUCUAGGGGGAGAAUUUGUGACAGCUAUAGCUUACAGUAUACGUGGACAGAUAAGCUGGCAUCAGAAAACAUACGCAUUUAGUUUCCAUACUGAUUGCAGUGAAACACCCCUGCCAAUAGUGGAAGUUGCAAUUAGGAACCAGAAUGAGGCAGACAACUGGUGUCCGUUCCUGGAAAUUCUAACUGAUCAAGAGAUGGAGAAAAAGAUAAGAGACCAGGACAGAAAUACAAGGCGCAUGAGAAGAUUAGCAAAUACUGCACCUUCAUGGUGAAGAUAGGAUAGACAGCGGGCUGUCACCAUGGUAACAAAGUGACGGAAUAUCUACACAAUAUUACAGGGAAACUACUCUGUUUCUUAUUAAAGGGAAAAUGCUGUGUUUCUUCAUCUGUAGCUGUAAAUAUCCCAAAUUUAACUAGAAAUGUUGAUAUAGUACCUACUGUGUUCGUAUUUUCCAUGUGAAAAUGAGUGUCAUUUGGUGUUAAAAAGUAGACAUUUUACUAUGACAAAGCUUACAUUAGCUAGACGGAGAUAUGUGUUUACAGAAAGCAGAUGUUCAGUUCGAAAAUAUUAUCUUGCAAGUCAGCCAAGCAAAGUGGUGAAUAUGGGAAAACUGUUUCCAGUACAUGAGUUGCAUAGUCAUGUACAGUUUAUAGUAUGUAAUUCAAAAAGGUGAGAAAUGACCUCGAGACUUGCUGUUCCAAAUUUUAUCUAGUGGUAUAUAUACAGUGAAACAUCUACAUUUUCAUUAUAAAACCGUUUUCACGCGACAGCAAAUGGUAUACAUGCUCUCUCACAAUGAUUCAAUGUUUGAACGAUCAUAUUGUACACUUAGUAUCAUUUCACACUGAUUUAGAAAGAAUUUAAGCUUAAUUUCUUUGAACUUUGUAUUUAUGUAAAUGUAUAACUUUUGUUGGUGAAAAUAAAUGUGGAAAAGUG